CGUCGGUAAUUUUUUGGAUUGGUGGGAAGUUUACGUACCGUUAUCACGCAGUCGAGACCCAGUUAUUAGAGGAAUAACAUAAAAUUUACACUCUUCUCUCCAUUCACAAAAACUUUUACACCAUUCGCCGAUGAUCCGUUGUACCACUUAAAUAUGUACGUCUUCUGGUGUAAAAUAUAAUUUUUUUAAUAUGUUUUAUGUAUAUUAAUACUAUAGAUUAUUAAAAGGAUACACUAUAAAUAUGACAAAGGUAAUUUUAUACGUAAUAUUAUUAUUCCUUUCUGUGGUCGUUAAUCAUCAGCAAUUUGCAAAUGCCGGCAGAAAUGAGAAAAAGAUCGUUUGUUAUUACACUAAUUGGUCACAAUACAGACCAAAAAUUGGACAGUUUUUUCCAGAGGAUAUCGAUCCUCAUUUAUGUACCCAUUUACUUUUUGCAUUCGGAUGGAUGAAGAAACAUAAAGUAUCGGCUUUUGAUCCCGCCGACAUCACUAAAAAUGGAAAGAAGGGAAUGUACGAUAGGUUAACAGAAUUAAGAGAGAAAAAUCCACGUAUGAAAGUAUUACUCGCUGUCGGGGGAUGGUCGUUCGGAACGGAAAAGUUUAAAGACAUGGCAAAGAGUCAAUAUAACAGGCAACUUUUUAUAUUUAGUGCCUUAGAUUUUCUACGAGAACAUAAUUUCGACGGUUUAGAUCUAGAUUGGGAGUUUCCUAGAGGACCCGACGACAAAAAGAAUUUUGUAUCCUUAUUAAAGGAAUUAAGAGAAGCAUUCGAAGAAGAAGCUAGAGAAACGAAACAACCGAAAUUAUUACUAACUGCUGCUGUAUCUGCAGGUGCAGAGGUUGUCAGAACAGGAUACGAUAUCCCAGCUAUUGGAGCGUAUGUAGAUUUUGUCAAUGUUAUGUCGUACGAUUUCCAUGGAAAAUGGGAGAGCCAAACUGGACAUAACAGUCCUUUGUAUGCUAGCAAGAAUGAAACAACUUGGAGGAAACAACUUUGUUUGGAUUUUGGUGUAAAAAUGUGGGAAAGAUUGGGAACACCCAAAGAAAAGAUCGUGGUCGGAAUGCCCACUUAUGGUAGAAGCUUUACCUUAUCUAAUCCUAAACAACAUGGCUUCAAUGCUCCUGCAAUUGGAGGAGGAACAGCUGGAGAAUAUACGAGAGAAGAAGGUUUCCUCAGUUAUUACGAAAUAUGUGAUAUGUUGAAAAAAGGAGCAACAUACGUCUGGGACGACGAACAGAAGGUACCAUACUUACACACUGGAGAUCAGUGGGUUGGAUUCGAUGACGAGAAGAGUAUUCGAUUGAAGGCCAGGUGGGUGGUAGAAAAUAACUAUGCUGGAGCAAUGGUCUGGACAGUAGACAUGGAUGAUUUUAGAGGUAUCUGUAAUGGCAAGAGUUAUCCUUUAAUAUCUGCUAUUAAGGAAGAACUCUUAGGAAAAUCUAGUAGGUCCGUGUCCAAGAGUUCUCGUGUAUUUCCUACGAGAAGCCAAAAAUUUCCUAUAAGAAGAGUCACUGUUAAUUUAAAACCUACUACCGAGGCACCUGAAGUAGUGGAAGUACCAGAACCUGAAACGAAUGCUCGAGUGGUUUGUUAUUACACGAAUUGGUCGACAAAAAGACCAAAGAAAGGAAAAUUCUCACCAGAAGACAUCGAGCCUUUUCUUUGUACACAUAUUGUUUACGCAUUUGCCGGAAUUCAAGAUAACAAAAUAUCACCAACAGAAGAAGAAGACGUCUCGGAUGGUUAUAGUCGUGUAAUAGAUCUGAAGAAAAAAAAUCCCUCUUUGAAAGUACUUUUGGGAAUUGGUGGAUGGAUGGUUGGAUCGGCUCCAUUUAAAAACCUGACCGAAACGGGUUACAGGAAGAUGUCAUUUAUCUUCAAUGCAAUGGAGUUUUUAAGAGAACACGGUUUCGACGGUUUAGAUGUCAAUUGGGAAUUUCCACGUGGAGCGGAGGAUAAAGAAAAAUAUUCAUCUUUUAUUAAAGAUCUUCGAUUAGCUUUCGAGGGGGAAUCAAAAACUUCAGACAAACCAAGAUUACUUCUUUCGGCUGCUGUUCCUGCCAGUUUCGAAGCAAUUGCUGCGGGUUAUGAUGUAACAGUUAUAAAUGAAUACGUGGAUAUGUUGAAUGUAUUAACAUACGAUUUUCAUGGAGACUGGGAACGACAAGUAGGACAUAACAGCCCUCUAUUUUCUCUAGAAAGUUCCAGCGAUUAUCAAAAAAAACUUACAGUGGAUUUUAGUGCUAGCGAAUGGAUAAAGAAGGGUGCAUCGAAAGAAAAAUUAGUUAUAGGUAUGCCGACAUACGGACGUACUUUUACGUUGACUAAUCUCACUCUCACCGACAUCGGUGCUCCUGCCAAAGAUGGUGGCAAACCGGGAAAAUAUACUAGAGAAUCCGGUUUUCUAGCAUUCUACGAAAUAUGCGACUUGUUAAAAUCUGGUGCCACUUUGGUAUGGGAUAACGAACAAAUGGUACCAUACGCUUACAAAGGUGAUCAAUGGGUUGGAUUUGACGAUCAAAGAAGUUUUAAAUCAAAGGUAAAAUGGUUAAAAGAACAGGGAUAUAGUGGAGUCAUGAUUUGGUCCGUAGAUUUGGAUGACUUCAGAGGAUCUUGUACGGGGGAGAAGUUUCCAUUAAUCAAAACAAUUAAGGAAGAGUUGAAAGGUUAUACAGUUGCCAAUUUACAAGCUCAAAGUAGCAAUGUUCACAAGACUUACGGUCAAGCUGUGGAAGAAGUGAAAGCAGUAAAUUGCAACGAAGAAGAUGGACAUAUUAGUUAUCACUCGGAUAAGAAAGAUUGCACAAAAUAUUACAUGUGCGAAGGUAGAAGAAGGCACCACAUGCCGUGUCCACAUAAUUUGGUGUUUAACGAAGACGAAAGCGUUUGCGAUUGGCCAGAAAAUGUACCGGGUUGUUACAUCACCGGAUAAAAACCCACCUAAUAAAAUACAGUAUAAGUAAUGUUAUCAACAACGUAAAAUACAUGUAAAAUAGUAACGCAGACAUUAAUUAAAGUGUCGCACUUUUAACCAAGUAGAAUUUAUUCGGAUGUAUAUUUAUAAAUUUGUUCGUUUAGGCACUCUGUGCCAUAUAUAUAUAUUUUUUUUAAACGGAAUUAAAUUCGCCUAAACGUGAUUACUUACUGAUAUUUAUGGACUUAUAUACAAUAUAAGUCCAUAAUUUUUUUUUACAUAUU